AUGGGAAGCGUGCAGAAGGUCUACUCGAGACUCAACCUGCCACUGCCGUACGACCCCAAGCUCCGAGGACUUCGUCUGGACAACUUGUUUCGCAUGGCCAAAUACAGGGUCCGAACGGUGGGGAUCUCGCAGAUCCAGACCACGUUUGCUGGCGAGAUGGAGGUGCCGACUCAGGUUGGCUAA